CUAAUUGCAAUCAUCACAAAAUUAAUCAAAUUAGUUAACCAAUAUUUUAAUCGAUUAAUCAUUUCAAGUUUUUCACCUUACAUUCGCAUUAUUAAAAACAAACAGAAAAUCUCCAUUAAUCUCUCUCCAGAUUUUCUCUCUCAUCGUGUUAUCGAAUUCGGCCGAAAUCGAAUCCUCGGAAGAUCUCUAUCUAUAUACGAGGUCCUGUAAGUUGGGAAAACGAGAUUCAAUUCGGGUCGGAGCGGGUUUCGGGUUCGGAGCUUAGGGUUUUGUUAUUCGGAGGGUAGAAAUGGCUCACGCGUCCGGGAGGGGAAGGGUGGUCGGAGACUAUCUGGUGGGUCCGCAAAUCGGGUCGGGUUCGUUCUCGGUGGUUUGGCACGCGAGGCACAGGGUCCAUGGGACCGAGGUGGCGAUCAAGGAGAUUGCGACUGGCCGGCUCAACAAGAAGUUGCAGGAGAGUCUAAUGUCUGAGAUCUUUAUCUUGAAGAAGAUUAACCACCCCAAUAUUAUUACCUUGCACGAUAUUAUAGAGGUUCCUGGGAAGAUCAAUCUGGUAUUGGAGUAUUGCAGAGGUGGUGAUCUUUCGAUGUAUAUUCAACGCCAUGGAAAAGUGCCAGAAGCUAUUGCAAAGCACUUCAUGCAGCAGCUAGUGGCAGGUCUGCAAAUGCUUCGUGACAAUAAUCUUAUACAUCGGGAUCUAAAGCCACAGAAUCUCUUGCUGUCCACCAAUGACAACAAUUCAGUCUUAAAGAUUGCAGAUUUUGGAUUUGCAAGAUCUCUGCAACCUCGAGGCCUUGCUGAAACCUUGUGUGGUUCGCCACUUUACAUGGCCCCAGAGAUAAUGCAACUUCAAAAGUAUGAUGCAAAGGCAGAUCUCUGGAGUGUUGGUGCGAUUUUAUUUCAACUUGUAACUGGGAAAACCCCAUUCACAGGAAACAAUCAAAUACAGUUGCUCCAGAACAUUGUGAAAUCAACAGAGUUGCAGUUCCCCUCAGAUAGCAGCAAUUUAAGUUCAGAGUGCAAGGAUUUGUGUCAAAAAUUGUUACGCCGCAAUCCAGUGGAACGGUUAACAUUCGAAGAGUUUUUUAAUCACCCAUAUCUUUCUCAGAAGUCAGCAUAUAACUCAUCAAGGAGUAGGAAGACUUCAAGAAUGGCAGAAGGAUUUCCUAUGUCUGAAUGCAAUCCAAUGAGGAACAUGGAGGAAAGUUCUCAAGAGGAUUGCCUGCCUUUCCUUUUAGAUGAUGAUUCCAGUGGUCCUGAAGGAAGCCCAUCCUAUUCAAGGAGGAGGCCCUCGAUGAAGUCUACUUAUGGAUUUUCUCUCGAUACAAAAGUUGAUAGACGGGAAGCAUCACCUACCACUUCAUACAGAUAUGGCAGUGCAACACGUAAAGAUAAUUCUAGUCUUAGGUUGGACAACCAUAGACUGUCAGAUAGAAAUCUAACUGACCCCCUAGGAUCUAUGGACCAAAAACCAAUGAAUGCUCGAUCAAGAGUUGUGGAUUCACUGGACUUGAUUGAUCAAGAUUAUGUUCUUGUGUCUGGACCUCCAGUUGAUGUGUCCUCUUCCUCAGUUAGUGCUUCCAAGCCAAGUCCUUCUCUAUACAAAUCUGAGAGUCUCCCUCAAGAAUCUCUAACCACCUCAUCAAGUGCCCCGAUGCAAAUCAUGGGCGCAGCUAAUAGUAACAUGUGUUGCAUAGGAAGCUUGGAUAGUCAGAGUUCUGCUCCAGGGACAUCACUAGGAUCAACGGAUAUGGGGGAUGCUUUGGAGCAGCCAUCAACACACUGCAUGACAAGGCUCAAUUCGUUGCAGCAGUGUGUGUCCGCUAUUACUGAAUUAGUUCAUGAAAAGGUUGAGGCAGGCAAGCAUCUAGAAGCAUUCUCAGUUCAGCUUGUAAUUCUUGCAAUUUGGAAGCAAGCUCUACAUAUAUGUCAUACGCAGGCUGCCUCUGCUAUGGAAGGAAGUCCAAGCCAAGAGACCACAAGAUUUAGGAGCACCAACAAGAAGCAUGGUAGUUCGGAUGCUGAGGAAUGCCUUGAUGUGGUCAACACUCAAGGGCCCGAGGAUAUUUCCUCUCAAAUUGAGAGGGAAUUUCUCCGUGAGGUUGAGCAUGCAGAAGAACUUGCAAAGGCUAUUGAUCCCGGACAUACAGAGAUGCCAGAUGCAAUGGAGACCAUAUUUCAGUCUGCUCUUGUUUUUGGGAGACAUGGGGGCGUUGAUGAGCUCAUGGGUGAUAUGGAAGGUGCAGCGGUGUUUUAUUCAAAGGCUGUGCGUCUCUUGGUCUUUCUUCUAGUGGAAGCACCAUCCCUCAUUCUCAACCCACCGUUCUCUCUGACAAGCUCUGACCGGUAUAGGCUUCAAACUUACAUUGGUAUACUUAAUAAUAGGCAAGGUUAUUCAAGGUCUCAGCGGAUGGCUAUUUUGAAGUGCGAGGAGCAACAGUGCCCACCUUAAGAAGUCAAAAUAGUUGAAGUGUUGAGUUUCUUACUUGCCCCGAUUGACUGUACACUCUGUAAAAUAAUUUGUUUGUACAGCAGCUAUUCUUUGAUUGAGGAUGUGGGUAGGUGGUGGGAACUUUGUAGUUCAUUAGGUAGCUUGUAAUUAUCGCAUUUCUGUCAUUAAAAGAAUGAUGAAAUGUGCAUUCGUUAUUGCGUUAUUACCCUUUUCUGUUUCUGUUCGGAUUUGGUGCGUAUUGCAGCAGUCAAUAAAUUAAAGGCUAAUAUAUGUAUAGUUUGCACGAUUCA